UCUCCCUGCUGGCCUCGAGGGGCUUGUAUAAAAGGCAUCGGGAGAGCAUGAGACACCAUGACCGCAGACUUGGAGGCAGCAAUUCGCCCUCGCACCGAGGCCUCCAGGACCGACUCCAGCUUAGUCGUCUCCACCAUGGGCCUCAGUCCUACCUCCUCCUGCUCCAGCACCAGCCGGCUUCCGGUCCUACGGGGCUUGCUACUGCUGUCGCUGUUCCUGAGCACGCUGGUUCGCUCUGGGUUAACUAAACAUGCAGACGUGGAGCCGUUCGUUGAACUUCGCUGCCUGUGUAUGAAAACCGUCUCUGGCAUUCACCCAAGUAACAUCCAGAAUUUGGAGGUGCUCAGGGCAGGACCCCACUGUGCCAACGUCGAAGUGAUAGCCACGCUGAAGAACCGGAACAAAGUCUGCCUGGACCCAGAAGCUCCCAAAAUCAAGAAAAUAGUCCAGAAAAUUUUGGAAAGUAGUGGGUCAAUGGCUUAAUCUGUUCGCUUUGUGUCAAAUCUUUCUAUCUCCCAAGAAGAGUAGGAGUUUGAAGGUUCGACUUCCUGGAGUUCUUAUUUAUCCAAAAUACCUACUCAUAUUGUAUUGAACUUUGGAUAUGUGUUCAAUUCUGCCUCGAAAAGUCGCAUGACAUUCUGAGAAGGCUGGUUCAUAGAUGACAGAGAGAAGGUAACAGUAAGCAAACUUACUGCCAAAAUAUAAUAUAUGGUUUGUUCCCUAACUCCUGGCCAAAUAUGGCACUAUGCUUUGCAUUCCUUUAUUUAAAAUUUUCUUUCCAAAUACUCAUAUGCGUGUUAACCUCUCUUGCUCUACUUGAGUGUGAGACUAGCUAUACUCAUGAUGAUUAAUAGAUUCCAUAAUGGCCAUUGUUAUUAGGAAUCACACAGAGCCCAGAAUAGAGCACUUGCUCAAUAAAUGUUUGUUGAUUUAUUUAGGGACUUAAUAGAGUUUUUCAUUGUCUUCGUCUUAGGAUACUUUGCCUCCCAGCAUUUUUGAAAGGUUUUUCUAGUGUUUAUUUCAGCCUCAAACCCUAAAAAAUAAUAAAGUUGUAGAAUGUGAGUCUUGU